AUGCUUCGUGGCACAUUACUUGUUUUCUUGCUUCAGUUUGCGGAUGACACUCUGAUUUACCUGCCUUUUGAUUUAGCACAGCUUCAGAAUUUGAUAAGGAUUCUUCGAUGCUUUGAGCUAAUUUCGGGUUUAAAGAUUAAUUUCCAUAAAAGUUCUAUUCUGGGAAUUAAUGGGUUAUUUAAAGACACUUGGGAGCAUGUGGUGGAGAGAUUUAAUUCGAAAUUGGCUUUAUGGAAAGGUUCUUUUUUGUCUCCUGCGGGGAGGUUAGUUCUUUUGAAAUCUGUACUUUUUAGUGUACCGGUUUAUUUCAUGUCCACUAUCCUUAUGCCUAUUUCCAUUCGGAAAAAUUUGGAGUCUUGUAUGAAACGUUUUCUUUGGAAGGGGGAUGCUACAUCUAGGGCAUUAUGUAAGAUUUCAUGGAAGUGUUCGGGUGUUUCCCAUUGGAGUUCUCUUGCUAUCGGAGAUGGAAAUUCGCUUUCGUUUAUUUGGAAAGGAAUUAAAAAGGCUUGUUGUAGUGAUAUUUUUAUUUGGAAUGUGUUUAUCUCUAACACCCGUUUCAAAUUAGGCGAUGAAGGAACUAUUGAUACCAUGAGAUGGAAUUCUGCUUCUAGUUUUUAUUCUGCAGCCUCCUUUAUACGUUUUAUUGCUGCUGCCCAUUUGGGUCGUGAAGAAGCUUCGCGUGCGGUUCAUCAGAUGCGUCAGGAUAGUGGUGUUGAGCGGCAGUUUUCUGGAAGUGGUCGGCAGUUUACUGCAACUUUGAUUCAGCAGUUCCCGCACCCUAUGAGGAAUUCUCAAUUAAAUGUUGUAACAGCUCAUGUAGAGGGCCAUGCAUCAACGUCUUCAGCAGCUGGAAGGGAUUAUUUUGAGCAUUCUACUUUGGAUACUAAGUUAAAAAAUGGUAUGUUUUCUAAACUUUGGAAAUCUUUGGCUCAUCCAAGUAUAAAAUUCUUUUUGUGGACGGCGUUGCAUGGAAGAGUUCCGUCAAAACAGUUUUCAGUUAUCCGUGGUAUUAUUAGUGUGGAAAAUGCAAGUUGUUGUUUCUGUAAUUGUUUCGAAACACAAGAUCAUCUUUUUAUGCAUUGUGUCUUUGCUCGUUUGGUGUGGAAUGGGAUUCUUAACAGGAUGGGUGUGUCUUGGGUUAUGCCGAACUCAAUGGAUAAUUUCUAUCGUCUUUGGUUAAACAUUUUACCAAAACGUAGUUAUGCGAAGUUAUGGAAAUUGUUGUGGAUUAUUAUGGUUUGUGAGAUCUGGAUUUCAAGGAACAAGAAGAUUUUUCAGCAAAAAGAUGUCGAGGUGGAGGAUAUAAUUUUGGGGGGUUUUUUAAAAUCUGUUUUUUAUUUUAACAGUUGUAAUAGUACUUUUUCGUACUGA